AUGCUGAUAAUAUGGCUGCAUGCAGGACAGGCUGUGCGCAAUUUUGAUAUACUCUUUAUACAGGCCAAUUGCUCUGUGCUAAAUCACGAAUAUGUCGAAGACUUUGGUUGCCCUCUACGCAAUGAGUCACGUAAUCGUGGCAAUUAUUUGAGCGGCUUUGUUGUCCUCAAAAAGGAAAUCAACAAAAUGAUGCUGGAAUUUCGUAUACAAAUGCCAACAAUAAAUAAUAGCAAUUUUGCCCGAGAUAUGCUAAAAUUUCGUGUCGAUGGUUGUCAUUUGGCCACGUAUAAGGCGCCAAACCCUAUUGUCGAAUCGAUUAUUAAGAAGUUGAGAGGAAGUGGUAAUUUUGCCGGGUGUCCACUGAGGGCGAACUUCACCUACACCGUGAAAUAUUUUGCCCUCAACCCGGACUAUUUUCCACCCAUUACCCCGGAAAUGACAUUUUCGGCUACCUUGAAUAUGUUUACGGAGAAGCUUCAGUUGAUUUCGAGCCAAAUUGAGGCCAGAGUUAUCAAAAAGAAGAGGAAGUCUUUGAAGUUUUCAUAG